AUGAUAAACUUAAACAAAAUUUGCGAUAUUGGUAAAAGUAAGCAGUGCUACGUCAAAGAAAAUCUGGCUUCCCGAGCACACAGCCCAAACCAAUUAGCUGUCAACGUAGUAACUAAUACGCUUUACUUCAGCUUUGAUUCCGGCCAAGGCGAGUACAUACCAGCCACACUCAAUAUUGACACCAAAAGGUUAACCGUUCUCAAAGGAGUGAAAGACGCUUUUGCCAUAGCAAGUGAUCCAGUAAACCAUGAAAUUUACUUUGGUGGUAAUCAUGGCAUUUACAGAUACAACCCCACUCUGAAUAGUUUAAAGAGACUCAGUGUAAACAAUUUAGAUAUUUGGUGGCUCCAAGUUAAAUCUAGAAUAUAUUUCAUCAAAUUUCCAAGUCUCAAAAUGUAUUAUUACAAAAAUCGAUCACUAAGACCAAUUCCCGAGCUCCGAAAUUCAACUGUAAACCAAUUUGUAUUAGACUCUGAAGACAAUAUAUUCUUUUUCAAUAGUACGGGACUGUUCGGACUUAAGAAGGGGUCAGAUGAAGUAAUAUUUCUGAGAGAUAAUCCUAGGUUUCUUGGAAUAGCAUCCGAUAAUGCAGGUCACGUCCACCUCUGCAGUGAAGACGGUAUCUAUGUUAUCAAUGAAAUUCUGAUGAGGGUAAAAAGAAUUGUCAACGUCCAAGGAGUGCUAGGUAUUACUUUCGAUAAAGACAAUAAUCUCAUUUAUUCAGACUCGCAUGAAAUUGUUCGACUAAAACCUACUUCAAAGGACGAUUAUUACGAUGCCGAUAAAUCUGUUAAC